CAUUUACAGCAAGUUAAAAAGGGAAAAUACUGUCAAAGCACCUAUCAAAAUUUCGGGUAUAUUCACUCUGUGGUGCUCUUGUUAUGGGUGAGCCAAAGAGUCGAGGGUUGGGUUGAUCUGUCGAGCGAUUCGGUCGGUGUUGGUAUUUCACUAUGGAUAUCAUUGAUGUAACAUCGUUAAGCUCGGCCCAGCGAGAAGAGAACGCAACUCUGUUGGAUGCCAUUGAGAGUAUCGAUGAGAUCUAUAAGACCUAUAUACCAGCCACAGUUAAGCUCGAGCAAAGCACCUCAUCUACGACCACCUUGAAGGAAGCUAAGAGUGAGAGCUCAGACGAGGACAGUAAAGAGGAUAGAACUGUAGAAAAUGAAAAAGUUAAAGCAGAGAAGUCUAUAGAGUUUUCCUCAACUUCGGUAAACGCUGUGAAAACUGACGAUUCUUCGUUAUCAGUAAGUACAAAGAAACCAGAAGACGAUUCCUCCACAUCAGUAAAUGCACAGAAGAUUACGGGAUACGCAACAGAAACUCCAGUGGUGUCCGAAGAAGAAAAAUCAUCUUCUUUCCGUAUGCAUUCUGGUGAAAUUGAAAAGGGAUGCGAUGAGAAAUGUAGUCCAAAAAGUUCAGAAGGCAACCAAUACCAACAUUAUUCGAACAUAAGAAAUCAAUUGCAUUCGAUGAGCUGUGGAAAUGCAAAGCCAAAAAUCGGAGUAACGGAUCAGAUUGGCGCAACGGAAUACUAUGCCCAGCAGAUGGGAUUGCCUAUGGCAUUAGGGAUGGAUCUAGAGACGGCUUCAAAAAUAGGAAAUAAUAUGGGAAUGGGUAUGGGAAUGGAUAUGGGAAUGGGCAUGGGCAUGGACAUGUCUCUUAGUAAUGCUAAUCACUUUAGUCAGUCCAGCACUUUGGGAUCCUAUCAAAAUCCAAUGCCAGAGGAUGAAUAUUUUAGGUACAUGCAAUCUCAGACGUUUCCUGGCAUGGACUACAAUUAUAUGCAAUACCAAGCUCCAGCAAUGUAUCAGCCACAGCCACAGCCACAGUCCCAGCAACAACAGCAGCAGGAACCGCAGCGCAACGUAGCCGGAUCCUACAACGACAACAACUCCAACAGAUAUCAAUCGGAGACGUACCCGAAUGCAUCCAUGAUCUAUAGCAAGCCCAGUUAUAAUGCAUCCGAAACCAACUCGAGUCAAAUGGAGUGCGAAUGCAAAGAGCAGACGUCGGAUGCGAAUAGCUUUAGCCAGGAGCACAGCGAAGCUUCCGAGAUGGAGCAUGCCCAGUCGAAGAGAUCGGGCAAUAGUUCCCUAGGCAAGUGUCCUGGCUGCGCCUGUGAAAUGCACGCCACGGAGAGCUUCGCCUUCCCCCAGAGCGCAGAGCAGGUGAGUGGCAUCAGUGCAGCCGGCCACAUGGAUCCGAUGGGCCCCAACAUGAGGAACAUGUGCAGUAGCCCACCCGCAGCUGAUCUGCGAGCCAUGUACAGCCAGCCGUCGCAGCCUUACUAUAAUUCGCCGUCCACCUAUCAGCCGUCGCCCACCUAUCAGCCGUCGCCCACCUAUCAGCCGCCGCCCUCCUGUCAGCCACCUACCUGUGCGCCGCCACCUUUCUUCCCGCCGCAGUCCUCCUAUCAGCCCUCCUGUCCGACCGCCUAUCAAUCCUCCUACACGCCCCCCUGCCAGCCUUCUUACCCGGCUCCGAGCAGUCCAAACUAUGCGCAGAUGCCUCAAGCCGGCAACAGCAACUGCAUCGACAUUGAGGGAUUCAUAAAGCAGGUGCUGGCCAAGCAAAAUCAGUGCCAUCCCAACUGUCUGACCAGCCCCUCGCCGCCCUGUCUAGGCUUCGGCAUGGCUCAGGGGGCAGGCCAAGGACCGGGGGCAGCUGCUGGCAUGAGCAGGAGCGGUGGCUCCAACAACGACAGCAAUGCUGCUCCUCAGGAGCUGCAGGAUCAGACCGUUUACUCAACGGACUAUAAGCCCGUCAAUGCCCCGGGCAACUCAUUCAACCACUUUCCCAAAUGCGACACCUGCGGCAAUAACACCAGCUGCAACGCCUGCUCCACCUGCAGCAACUGCAUGAGCCAUACACCGCCCAUAAGUUAUUGUGUUUCGCCGCCCUGCACGACGAUGCCCGAACCGAGCAGCUAUGCGAUGCAUCCAUGCUCUGCCACUCAGAUUGGGCCCAGCAUGCCGUGUAGCUAUGCCUGUGCCGCGCCUUGCCCUGUGCCCUGCCCAAUGCCCUGUCAGAUGCCCUGCCCAAUGCCCUGCCCUAUGCCCUGUCAGAUGCCCUGUCGAAUGCCAUGUCGAGUGCCCUGUCAGAUGCCCUGCUCUAUGCCCUACUCUAUGCCCUGCCCUACGCCCUGUGCUAUGAUGACUUGCUCCGGUGCUCCUUAUGAAAUGCCCAUCGAUGGUGACUCCGAUCCGCAGUCAGUCGAUUUCGUUAACAAGACAACCAGCUGUAAUCUCAGCCAGUACUCGGCUUUUAACUUGCAAAAAUGACAUCCCUGUCUGCUCCUGC